AUGGCCGACGACGCGCAGCAUGAGCAAACCUUCGAGAGCGCCGAUGCCGGUGCCUCUAUGACCUACCCUGUGCAGUGCUCUGCGCUGCGCAAGGGCGGUUACGUCGUGAUCAAGGGUCGCCCGUGCAAGAUCGUCGAAAUGUCCACCUCCAAGACCGGCAAGCACGGCCACGCCAAGGUCCACCUGGUCGCCCUCGACAUCUUCACCAACAAGAAGCUGGAGGAUCUGUCUCCUUCCACCCACAACAUGGACGUCCCCAACGUCACCCGCCGGGAGUACCAGCUCCUGGAUGUGACUGACGAUGGCUACCUUUCCCUCAUGGACGACAGCGGCAACACCAAGGACGAUGUCAAGCUCCCUGAGGGUGAGGUUGGUGAGAGAAUCAAGAAGAUGUACGAGGAGGGCAAGGACACCAACGUCACCGUCAUGUCUGCCAUGGGUGAGGAGUGCGCUGUGGACGCCAAGGAAGCCCCCAAAUAA